CGCACUUCCAGCUUGCACACGCGCACAGAGGCUAGCAAAGCGGGUGUUGUUGACAUUUUUUAGCAACACAUUUAGCGACAAUGGCGGCCGAAGUGAGACAGGAGCUUGCACAGUUGAUGAAUUCAACCGGAUCUCACAAGGACCUUGCUGCCAAAUAUCGACAGAUUUUGGAGAAAGCCAUUCAGCUGACGGAUGCAGAGCAGCUGGAGUCCUUGAAGGCGUUUGUCGAAGCGAUGGUCAAUGAGAACGUCAGCCUUGUCAUCUCGAGACAGCUGCUGACCGACUUCUGCACGCACCUGCCCAACCUGCCGGACGCCACGGCUAAAGCGGUGUAUCACUUCACCUUGGAAAAGAUCCAGCCGAGGGUCAUCUCCUUUGAGGAACAGGUGGCCUCAAUCAGACAGCACUUAGCAACCAUUUAUGAAAAGGAGGGAGACUGGAGAAAUGCAGCGCAAGUUUUAGUUGGCAUUCCUCUGGAAACCGGGCAAAAGCAAUACAACGUCGACUAUAAGUUGGACACGUACCUAAAAAUUGCCCGGCUCUACUUAGAAGACGACGACCCUGUGCAGGCGGAGGCCUACAUCAACAGAGCCUCGCUGCUUCAGAAUGAGUCGUCGAACGAACAGCUGCAGAUCCACUAUAAGGUGUGCUACGCCAGAGUCCUUGAUUUCAGGAGGAAGUUCAUUGAAGCUGCGCAGAGAUAUAACGAGCUGUCUUAUAAGUCUAUCGUCCAUGAAAGUGAACGACUGGAGGCGCUGAAACACGCCCUGAACUGCACCAUCCUGGCCUCCGCAGGACAGCAGCGCUCCCGUAUGUUGGCCACUCUCUUCAAAGAUGAGCGCUGCCAGCAGCUGGCCGCUUACGGGAUCCUGGAGAAGAUGUACCUGGACCGCAUCAUCAGAGGGAACCAGCUGCAAGAGUUCGCUGCGAUGCUGAUGCCCCAUCAGAAAGCCACAACGGCAGACGGCUCCAGCAUCCUGGACAGAGCCGUGAUCGAGCACAACCUGCUGUCGGCCAGCAAACUCUACAACAACAUCACGUUCGAAGAGCUGGGAGCGCUGCUGGAAAUCCCCCCGGCGAAGGCUGAGAAGAUUGCGUCUCAGAUGAUCACUGAGGGACGCAUGAACGGCUUCAUUGACCAGAUAGACGGCAUCGUUCACUUUGAAACCCGGGAACCCCUUCCCACCUGGGACAAACAGAUCCAGUCUCUGUGUUUUCAAGUCAACAACCUGCUAGAAAAGAUUCGCCAGGCAGCUCCAGAGUGGGCGGCCCAGGCUAUGGAAACCCAGAUGACCCAGUGAACAUCAGUACACCCCCUCCUCCCUCCCACUUCUGUCUUCCUGCUCAAACAAUGUCAUCUCUGAAGCCCCGGUUAUUAAAACACCCGAGAAGAACUUCA